AUGUACAUUAAGCAGAUCAUCAUCCAGGGCUUCAAGAGCUACAAGGACCAGACCGUCAUCGAACCCUUCUCCCCCGGCACGAACGUCGUCGUUGGUCGCAAUGGAUCUGGAAAGAGUAACUUCUUCGCGGCCAUCCGCUUCGUCCUGAGCGAUGCCUACACCCAGAUGACUCGCGAGGAGCGCCAGGCUCUCCUGCACGAAGGUUCUGGAUCGGCCGUCAUGUCGGCGUACGUCGAGAUCAUUUUCGACAAUAGCGACGAGCGCUUCCACGGCGGAGGCAAGGAGGUCAUCCUGCGACGCACCAUCGGAACCAAGAAGGAUGAGUACUCGGUCGACCGCAAAGUUGUGACCAAGAGCGACAUCAUCAACCUGCUAGAGGCAGCCGGUUUCUCGAGAUCGAACCCUUACUACAUCGUACCACAAGGUCGCGUCACCGCGUUGACGAAUAUGAAGGAGUCCGACAGGCUCACCCUGCUGAAGGAGGUUGCGGGUACCCAGGUGUACGAGGCGCGUCGAACGGAGUCUUUGAAGAUCAUGAACGAGACGAACAACAAGAGGGAGAAAAUCGACGAGCUUCUGGGGUACAUCAAGGAGCGACUGACCGAGCUCGAGGAGGAAAAGGAGGAGCUUCGAGGCUUCCAGGACAAGGACCGUGAGCGCAGAUGUCUUGAGUACGCGCUCUACUACCAGGAGCAACAGCAAAUCCAGGACCAGCUUGAGCGUAUCGAAAACAUUCGCCAAAACGGCCUGGAAAACACCGAUUCGAUCCGUUCCGAGCUGAAGGAUGCCGAAAAGAUGCUUUCCAAGUUGGAAGCUGACAUUCACAAGUUGACGAAGGAGAUGGAUUUGGUCAAGGUUGAGCGUCGCCAACUCGAGGAGGACCGCCGCGAGACAGCCAAGUCGAAGGCAAAGGCGGAGCUCAAGGUCAAGACUCUGUCAGAAGGCCAGUCAGCGGCAGUCCAAGCCCAGCAACAGCACGAAGCCGAUCUUGCAUCCACCAUUGAAGAGAUCUCUUCGAAGAAGGCGGAGCUUAACAACAUCAUCCCUGAAUACCUCAGACGAAAGAGUCAAGAAGAGGAAAAGAAGCGGCAGCUGGAUACAGCCGAGGCUGCGAGGAACCGUCUCUUCACAAAGCAAAGUCGUGGUUCUCAAUUCAAGAACAAAGCCGAGCGAGAUAAGUACUUGCGAGCCGAAAUUGAGGAUCUGCACUCGAGACUCAGCGGCCACAAGGCGAACAAGAUGGACGCCGACGAGGACGUGGUCAGAACCGAAAACAACAUCAAGCUAUUGGAGAACGAGGUUGCCAAGCUCAGGCAACAACUGCAGAACUUCAGUGGCACCCGCAACGACCUCGCCGAGGAGGAACACAAGGCUCGGGAGAUAUUGGACAAGCUCGAUGAUGAGAGGAAAAUCCUCUGCCGUCAGGAGGAGAGACUUGACACUGUUCUUUCGGACGCCCGACAAGAGAGAGAACGGGCAGACCGCGAGCUCAGCACGAUGAUGGACAGGGACACGGCACAGGGUCUGGCCACGAUUCGUCGGCUGAAGGCCCAAGAAGAUAUCCCUGGCGCGUAUGGGACGAUGGCCGAACUCCUCAAGGUCAGCGACACCUACAGACUGCCUGUUGAACAGAUUGCCGGCAACAGCUUGUUCCACUACAUCGUGGACACCGACCAGACUGCGACGUACUUGACAAAUCAUCUGCGCUCCAACUAUGGCGGUAGAAUUACGUUCAUGCCGCUCAACCGACUUCAUCCCAGGCACGUCAACAUGCCGAGGUCUCAAGAAGGUAUCGUGCCACUUAUAAGCAAGAUCAACUACGACUCCAAGUUUGAGAAGGCGUUCCAACAGGUGUUUGGUAAGGUCGUCGUCUGCCCCAACCUGAGCAUAGGAGGCCAGUACGCAAGGAGUCAUGGCGUCGACGCUAUUACCCUCGACGGUGACACCACGAACAAGAGAGGUGCGAUGACUGGUGGAUUCAUCGAUCCUAGGCGAUCGAGGCUUGAGGCGGUCCAGGCCGUCAACAAGUGGCGAGAGGAAUAUGAGCGUCUCCUCGCGCAGGCCGACGAAUUCAGGGCCCAGAUCGAGCAGAAGGACCAGGAGAUUACCCACGCCUUGGGUGAGCUCCAGAAGGCUGUUCAGAAACUCCGCCAGCUGGAUGCCGGUUUCGAACCUCUAAAACACGAGCUUGCCAACAAGAACUCUCAGCUUGAGCACGAGAAGAGGCGCUUGAGCGAUGCCAAUAGACACCGUGAAUCUGUCGAGCGGGACAUGAGGGUUUUCACCGAGAGUCUUGCCGCAGAUGAGGCUGAACUGGCAUCCGAUUUCAAGAAAGCGCUCAGUAAUGCUGAGGAGAAGCAGCUUGUCGAGCUUGAUGGCCAGGUGCAGAAGCUGCAGAAGGAGUGGAACGAUGCCAGCAAGAAGAGGAGAGAUGCCGAGAGCCGGAAACAAAUCCUCGAAACGGACAUCAACCAGAACCUCCAACUGCGUCUGGAUCAGCUCAACUCCCAGGCCUUCGAGAACAACGCUUCCUCAGGCGAAGCUGGCAGUCUCAAAGAGGCCCAGAGAGAACUCAAGAAGCUUCAGAAAGAAGCCAAGGCCAUCGAGGCCAAGAUGCAGGAGAUCGAGACCAGAAUUGAGGAGCUCGGUGGUAAGCUGGACCGUCGGGAGGCCAAGAAGGCUGAGCAGGAGGAGAUUCGGGCCACUGUUGCGGCAAAGGAGGCCAAGCAGCGCAGCGCCAUCGAGAAGAGCAUGUCGAAGAAGGCCGUCUACACCGCGCAGGCUGCGGAUGCCGCGAAGGCCAUCAGAGACCUCGGUGUCCUGCCUGAAGAGGCCUUCGAAAAGUACGAAAACAUCGACCCUAGGCAAAUCGACUCUAGGCUGAAGAAGGUCCGAAACGCGCUGAAGAAGUUCCAGCACGUGAACAAGAAGGCCUUCGAGCAAUACAACAGCUUCACGUCACAGCAGGAUCAACUGCUCAAGCGUCGGAAGGAACUCGACUCCUCUCAGCAGUCUAUCACGGAUCUGGUGAACCAUCUCGAUCAACGCAAGGACGAGGCUAUAGAGCGUACCUUCAAGCAGGUGUCGAAGGAGUUCGCUACGAUUUUCGAGAAGCUCGUUCCGGCCGGACACGGCCGUCUGGUCAUCCAGCGCCGAACGGAUCGCCGCAUCGACCCCGAGGAAUCCGACGAGGAAGCCAGGGGCAAUGUUGAGAACUACACUGGUGUCGGUAUCAGCGUUUCUUUCAACUCCAAGACGCUCGAUGAGCAGCAGAGGAUUCAGCAACUCAGUGGUGGUCAGAAGAGUUUGUGCGCCCUUUGUCUCAUUUUCGCCCUCCAGCAGACGGAAAGCAGUCCUAUGGUCAUCUUCGACGAGGUCGACGCCAACCUCGACGCUCAGUACCGUACCGCCGUCGCCAGCCUCCUCCAGUCCAUCUCCCAGGACGCCGGCACGCAGUUCAUUUGCACUACUUUCCGUCCCGAGAUCGUCCACGUCGCCGACAAGUGCUACGGUGUCACCUUCCACAACAAGACGAGUUCCAUCGACUGUGUUCCUACCGAGGAGGCCCUCAGCUUCGUCGAGGGCGUUGCCGCGGGGAAAUAG